AGGUUAUGGGGCUAUGGUAAGGUUUAAGGUUAUUGGCGUUAGGGUUAAAAUCAGUGUCCAAAACCUUUGUUGGAACUCUUUUCCAACCUUUUGGAGUUAGUUAGACCAAAAAAAAAAGAAAAAUAAAACAAAUAUAUUUGGGGUGUUUAGGCUUCCUGAAGGAAAUACUCGGGUAUUAGGGUAUGGGGCUUGGGAAAGGUUUAAGGUUUUUGGCGUGAGGGUUAAAAUCACUGUCCGAAACCUUUUUAGGAACAUGUUUCAGACCUUUUGGAGUUGGUUACACUAAAAAAAAUUGUACAAUGAAAAAAAAAUAUUUGGGGUGUUCGGGCUUCCUGAAGGUAAUACCCGGGUAUAAGGUUAUGGGGCUAUGGUAAGAUUUAAGGUUUUUGGCGUUAGGGUUAAAAUCACUGUCCAAAACCUUUGUAGGAACUCUUUUCAAACCUUUUGGAGUUAGUUAGACAAAAAGAAAAUGAAAACUGAAAAAAAACUGUUUGGGGUUUUCGGGCUUCCUGAAGGUAAUAUCCGGGUAUUAGGUCAUGGGGCUAGGGUAAGGUUUAAGGUUUUUGGCAUAAGGGUUAAAAUCAGUGUCCAAAACCUUUGUAGGAACUCUUUUCCAACCUUUUGGAGUUAGUUAGACCAAAAAAAAUGAAAAAUGAAAAAAAAAUAUUUAGGGUUUACGGGCUUCCUGAAGGUAAUACCCGGGUAUUAGGGUAUGGGGCUAGGGUAAGGUUUAAGUUUUUUGGCGUUGGGGUUAAAAUCACUGUCCAAAACCUUGUUAGGAACAUGUUUCAGACCUUUUGGAGUUGGUUUCACCAAAAAAAAAUGAAAGAUGAAAAAAAAAUAUUUGGGGUGUUCAGGCUUCCUGAAGUUAAUACCCGGGUAUUAGGUUAUGGGGCUUGGGUAAGGUUUAAGGUUUUUGGCGUGAGGGUUAAAAUCACUGUCCGAAACCUUUUUAGGAACAUGUUUCAGACCUUUUGGAGUUGGUUACACUAAAAAAAAUUGUACAAUGAAAAAAAAAUAUUUGGGGUGUUCGGGCUUCCUGAAGGUAAUACCCGGGUAUAAGGUUAUGGGGCUUGGGUAAGGUUUAAGGUUUUUGGCGUGAGGGUUAAAAUCACUGUCCGAAACCUUUUUAGGAACAUGUUUCAGACCUUUUGGAGUUGGUUACACUAAAAAAAAUUGUACAAUGAAAAAAAAAUAUUUGGGGUGUUCGGGCUUCCUGAAGGUAAUACCCGGGUAUUAGGUCAUGGGGCUAUGGUAAGGUUUAAGGUUUUUUGGCAUUAGGGUUAAAAUCACUGUCCAAAACCUUUGUAGGAACUCUUUUCCAACCUUUUGGAGUUAGUUAGACCAAAAAAAAUGAAAAAUGAAAAAAAUAUAUUUGGGGUUUUCGGGCUUCCUGAAGGUAAUACCUGGGUAUUAGGUUAUGGGGCUAUGGUAAGGUUUAAGGUUUUUGGCGUUAGGGUUAAAAUCACUGUCCAAAAACCUUUGUAGGAACUCUUUUCCAACCUUUUGGAGUUAGUUAGACAAAAAGAAAAUGAAAACUGAAAAAAAAAUGUUUGGGGUGUUCGGGCUUCCUGAAGGUAAUACCCGGGUAUUAGGUCAUGGGGCUAUGGUAAGGUUUAAGGUUUUUUGGCAUUAGGGUUAAAAUCACUGUCCAAAACCUUUGUAGGAACUCUUUUCCAACCUUUUGGAGUUAGUUAGACCAAAAAAAAUGAAAAAUGAAAAAAAUAUAUUUGGGGUUUUCGGGCUUCCUGAAGGUAAUACCUGGGUAUUAGGUUAUGGGGCUAUGGUAAGGUUUAAGGUUUUUGGCGUUAGGGUUAAAAUCACACUCCAAAACCUAUGUAGGAACUCUUUUCCAACCUUUUGGUGUUAGUUAGACUUAAAAAAAAAAAUGAAAAAUGAAAAAGAAUAUUUGGGGUGUUUGGGCUUCCUGAAGGUAUUAUUAGGUUAUUAGGUUAUGGGGCUAGGGUAAGGUUUAAGUUUUUUGGCGUAAGGGUUAAAAUCAGUGUCCAAAACCUUUUUAGGAACUCUUUUCCAACCUUUUGGAGUUAGUUAGACAAAAAAAGAGAAAAAAAAAAUAUAUAUAUAUAUUUGGGGUGUUUGGGCUUCCUGAAGGUAUUAUUAGGUUAUUAGGUUAUGGGGCUAGGGUAAGGUUUAAGUUUUUUGGCGUAAGGGUUAAAAUCAGUGUCCAAAACCUUUUUAGGAACAUGUUUCAGACCUUUUGGAGUUAUUUAGAUAAAAAAAAAUGAAAAAUGAAAAAAAAUAUUUGGGGUGUUCGGGCUUCCUGAAGGUAAUACCUGGGUAUUAGGUUAUGGGGCUAUGGUAAGGUUUAAGGUUUUUGGCGUUAGGGUUAAAUAUCCAAUAUUAAGUUUAAAAAUUGCCACAAACUCAAGUUCAAACACGAAACAAACUCAAUUUAAAAAACACCAAAAACUCAAGUUCAACAAAUACCCAAUUCUUAAAUUUAACAAUUUUCACAACCUCAAGUUAAAAAAAACCACAAACAUAAGUUAAAACAAGACACAAACUAAAGUUCAACAAAACAAAAAACUCAAGUUCAACCAACACCUGAUAUUCAAGUUUGAAAAUUUUCACAGCCUCAAGUUCAAACACGACACAAACUCAAGUUCAACCAACACCCAAAUCUCAAGUUUAACAAAUUCUACAACCUAAAGUUCAAAAACACCACAAACCCAAGUUCAACAACACCACAAACUCAAGUUCAAACACGACACGAACUCAAGUUCAAACACGACACAAACUCAAGUUCAACAAACACACUAACUGAAGUUCAACCAACACCUGAUUCUCAAGUUUAACAAUUUCCAAAACCUCAAGUUCAAAAACAACAGAAACAGUUCAAAAAAACCUCAACCUCAAGUUCAAAAUCGACACAAACUCAAGUAUAAAAACACAUACUCAAGUUAAAAAAAUAACACGAACUCAAGUUCAACCAACACCCAAAUCUCAAGUUUAACCAACACCCAAAUCUCAAGUUUAACAAUUGCCACAACCUCAAGUUCAACAAACACACAAACUCAAAUUCAAACACACCACAAACUCAAGUUAAAAACACGACACAAACUCAAGUAAAAAAAAACCAUAAACUCAAGUUCAACCAAUACCCAAUUCUCAAGUUUAACAAUUUCCACAACUUCAAGUUCAAAAACAACACAGACUCAAGUUCAAAAAAACCACAAACUCAAGUUCAAACACGACACAACCUCAAGUUCAACAAAAACCACAAACUAAUGUUCAACCAACACAUGAUUCUCACGUUUAAAAAUUUUCAGAACCUCAAGUUCAAAAAACACACAAAUUCAAGUUAAACAAAUAACAGGAAUGCAAGUUCUGAAACGACACAAACUCAAGUUCUGAAACGACACAAACUCAAGUUCAACCAACACCCAAAUCUCAAGUUUAACAAUUGCCACAACCUCAAGUUCAACAAACACACAAACUCAAAUUCAAACACACAACAAACUCAAGUUCAAACAUGACACAAACUCAAGUUCAAAAACUCAAGUUCAGCCAAUACCCAAUUCUCAAGUUUAACAAUUUCCAAAACCUCAAGUUCAAAAGCAACACAGACUCAAGUUCAAAAACACCACAAACUCAAGUUCAAACACGACACAAGCUCAAGUUCAACAAACCCCUCAAACUCAAGUUCAAACACGACACAUGCUCAAGUUCAACAAAUCCCACAAACUCAAGUUCAACAACUGCCACCAAGUAAAGUUCACUAAAAACCAUAAACUCAAGUUCAACAAUUGACAGAAAACUUAAGUUCAAAAAACACACAAAAUCUAGUUCAAAAACACCACAAACUCAAGUUCAAACAUGACAAAGUCAAGUUCAACCAACACUCAAAUCUCAAAUUAAACAAUAUCCAAAACCGCAAGUUCAAAAACAACAGAAACUCAAGUUCAAACACGCCACAAACUCAAGUUCAACAAAUGUAAAAGUUUUAAGUUCAACCAAAACCCAAAUCUCAAGUUUAACAAUUUCAACAACCUCAAGUUCAAAAACAACAGAAACUCAAGUUCAAACACGAGACAAACUCAAGUUCAACAAACACACAAUCCUCAAGUUCAACAAUUGCCACAACCUAAAGUUCAAAAACACCCCCAACUCAAGUUCAAACAAGACACAAACUCAAGUACAACAAACGCCACAAACUCAAGUACAACAAACGCUACAAACUAAAGUUCAGUGAAAAAUACAGACUCAAGUUCAACAAUUGCCACAAACUCAAGUUCAACAAAUGACCUAAACUCACAUUUAACAAUUGCCAAAAACUCAAGUUCAACAAACUCAAGUUUAAAAAUUGCCACAAACUCAAGUUAAAAAAUGCUGAAACUGAAGUUCAACGAACACCACAAACUCAAGAUCAACAAAUUUCAAAGUUUGAAGUUCAACAACACCCAAAUAUCAAGUUUAACAAUUGCCACAACCUCAAGUUCAACAAACACACAAACUCAAGUUCAAAAACACCACAAACUCAAGUUCUUAACAACACAAACUCAAGUUCAAAAAACACACAAGUUCAAGUUCAAAAACACCCCAAACUGAAGUUCAAACAUGAAACAAAGUCAAGUUCAACCAAAUCCCAAAUCUCAAGUUCAACAAUUUCCACAACUUCAAGUUCAAAAACAACAGAAACUCAAGUUAAAACACGCCACAAACUCAAGUUCAACAAAGACACAAACUCAAGUUCAAAAACACCACAAACCCAAGUUCAACCAACACCCAAAUCUCAAGUUUAACAAUUGCCACAAAACUAAGUUAAAAAACCACACAAACUCAAGUUCAAAAACACCACAAACUCAAGUUCAAACAUGACACAAACUCAAGUUCAACGAACACCCAAAUCUCAAGUUCAACAAUUGCCACAACCUCAAGUUCAAAAACAACAGAAACUCAAGUUAAAACACGCCACAAACUCAAGUUCAACAAAGACACAAACUCAAGUUCAAAAACACCACAAACCCAAGUUCAACCAACACCCAAAUCUCAAGUUUAACAAUUGCCACAAAACUAAGUUAAAAAACCACACAUACUCAAGUUCAAAAACACCACAAACUCAAGUUCAAACAUGACACAAACUCAAGUUCAACCAACACCCAAAUCUCAAGUUUAACAAUUGCCACAACCUCAAGUUCAAAAACAACAGAAACUCAAGUUCAAACACGAGACAAACUGAAGUUCAACAAACACACAAACUCAAGUUCAAUCAAUACCAAUUCUCAAGUUUAACAAUUUCCACAACCUCAAGUUCAACAAACUCAAGUUCAAAAAUUGCAAAAAAAUCAAGUUCAAAUAUGACACAAACUCAAGUUCAACCAACACCCAAAUCUCAAGUUUAACAUUUGCCAAAACCUCAAGUUCAAAAACAACACAAACUCAAGUUCAAACACGCCACAAACUCAAGUUCAACAAACACACAAACUCAAGUUCAAAAACACCACAAAUUCAAGUUCAAACAUGUCACAAACUCAAGUUCAACAAACACAGAAACUCAAGUCAACCAAUACCCAAAUAUGAAGCUUAGCGUUAAGGGGUGUUCAGACCAAACGCGACUUCGGUGACGUCGGCGAUGGCUCCCAAUGCAAGUCUAUGGACAGCCGCGACCUGACGCGACUUGGCGACUGCUGGCUACCUGCGUCGCGUUGCCGAGGUUGCGUUGCCGAGGUCGCAGGACGCCAAGUCUCGUCGCUCCCAAAGUUCAAAUAUUUGAACUGGGCUGCGGGAUGUAUAUAUGAGGGAGAAAAGGAGGGAGAUGGAAGGUAGGAGAAGCGGGUCAGCAGCGACCAGCCGUGUCCUGCGACCGCAGCUUUGGACCUAGUGUGAACACACCAGAGCACCACGCGACGCGACGCGACCUGGUCGCGGCUGCAAUUACACCUAAUCCGCGGAGCCAAAUCCUUGCAGGUACUGACAUUAGUCUUGCUGUGCUCAGACUACAAUGAUAGACGCAUUGUGGAUUGCGGAGAUGAGCCUGUGAUGCUUAAAUAUCGUGAUGCCCGGCUGUUUAAAUCUCCGACCUUGGCUGAAUUCAUAGCUUUCGGCGUAUUUGUAGAUGUCAUAUGUAAAGUGUUUUCAGCACGCAGAACUGAACUGGACACAUAUCUCGCCAUUAUUUCUGAUUCAGCCAUGACAUAGGGAGGAUCACUAUUCUAGGAACAUUACAAAUCAUUUUCAGCAAAGCUGCUAAGUACAUUCAAAGAUUCAGCCAAAGACUUGAUCAGUCCGUAGUCGACCUGGCUCUAAUCAGUUAACAAUUCACCGAGCAUCAAGCUUUUUCCUGCUUAAUCUGCGGGUCUUUCUCUCACCUGGAGGUGAAAGUAAGCCAUUACGCAGCAGUACGCCAUUUCGGGAAGACAUAAUCAGCUGUUUAAAGUUUUCACCCCUGUCAUGUAUCUAGGCUUAGUCUGUUGCUGCACAUCAGUCUGCACUCUGCGUUAUAACCGAAGUAAUCCAAUAGGACCAUGCCGCUUGAGAGUGAGUGGUAUUUGCUUACAAAUAAACUCCAAGUGGGAGCACCAGUGCGCACUUUUGAUUGGACGCUGGUUGCCUAGGUGCAGGGGCCCACCUUCCGCCUUUUGCGGAAGGAGGGAACUUUUAAAGAGUCAGCUGCUUCAAUAUUAAUGCAGAAAUAAGACAAAAUGGAGAGGAAAAUAAUAAUAAUAAUAAUAAUAAUAAUAAUAAUAAUAAUUUUAUGUUUAAGAGAGAGAUACAGCAGAUGAUGAUACUGUGGCAUCGGAGUCAGCAACUCGCUUAACCUGGGUGUGCUCCUCUUGUACAAAGUCUACGGGUACAGUACCUGGAGGAACCUUAUCCUACCUUGUCCACCCCUGCCCACACCUCUAAUCGGUGCCCUAAAACUGUGGCUACAGGCCAACCACCCAAGCCUCUCUAAGCCUACUACUCGGAGAAGCCAAGUUACUCCAGGGACGGGCAUCUGAAAUCAGCAUGCCCAUGACGCACCCACCUGGUAAAACGGGAAAGAACAAAGCUGUCUACUCUGUCAAAUGUCCUUGAGCCGGGGAAGGCACUGGCAAAGCAUCCCAACGGCUGUUCGUGAAGCCAUUCAUUCAGACUGUGUUAGUCUGAGUGCAGCCUUGCAAUCCUUAGUGCUCUCUGUUGACAGCUACUUGAGAGCUGGUUAAGCAAAAUCAGCAUUAAAGUUUAUACGAUUCUGCAUGGUCUCACUUUACCUCUUUUGUACCACCUUCUCUGUAGCCCCAACGCCCUAAAUAUAUCCAUUGUAUGUGCUUUAAUAGUCCACAGUUUUGAAUCUCGCACUUUUUUUCUUCUUCUAAUAUUUCCAAAACUAACUCUGUCUUUGUUCUUUAUCCUCCAUGUCCCGCUGCCUGAGAGGCCGGCCACUGGCCAGCCACUAAGAGUCUCUCUUUGCCACUGAAGAAGGGAAACCUAUAUCCAGAUUGCAGCUUUCUGCUCACCUCUGCCUGCUCUGCCAAUCCUGUUGGCUCCUACCUGAGUACAACUCUACGCAUUCACCACGCAUAGGCACAGCUACAACUGCAUCUUCCAUCGUCCCCGUCUCGACGCUCAAGGCUACGGGUCAAUGGUCCCGAUCAGCCUUUGAAUGAUACCUCAGGCCCAAGGCUAAUAUAUUAUUAUUAUUAGAAUAUUCCUAUGCUCGAUUAGCUACAAAAAAAAAAAAUGCUGCUGCUCCUUAAUUCUUUCCCAUAUCUAUUGCAUUACGCAUAUUCCCAACUAUAAAUUUGUGUAUGGAUUAAAUUAAUCCUGAUCCAUGAUCAUGUUGUGAGGGUAACCAAUACUAUGCAAGCUUUGUAGGUGGGUAGGUUGCUUCAUAGUUUCUCGCUGCUGGCUGCCCUCCCUCCCCCGUAGGUGCCUUCAUGUAGCUCAUGAAAGCUGGGGAGGGUUGCCAGUAUGGCUGCUGCUUUUUCUGCCUUGGCUUUUCAUAUAUGCACAUGAAAGGGAGGGGAGGGCAUUCCCUCUCAUUGCCUUGGGAUUCUAUGCAAGCACAUGAGAGAGCAGGGAACUCUCAGAACACAGCCAUACCGACAAUGUUAAAAAAUAUUUUGCUAGUAAUAAAUAAUUGAUUCUAACUAAAGUAGUCCUGACUGAAAUUAAGCAUGGCUGUAGUUCAGGCAGGACACAAGGUACAGUCAAGCUAAAGGUUAAAGCCAGCUGAUCUUAAGCUAGCCCUCAGUCAGAUGACAGCUUAGCUGAUCGCCCUCCACACAUCCUUCAGAUCGCUACACGGCUCAUUCCUUUCACAUAGGUGCAGCUACAACCGCAGCUAUGACGGCUCCUGUGUCGACCCUCAAAGCCAUGGGCCAAUAGUCGUCAGCUGCGUACAAAUGCUAUCUGCGCCCCGAGGCUCGGGACAUUCUCGAAGCCCAAAAACUAUGAGUACCCAUAACUUUGGCACAUAGAUGCUAAUUAAAUGAAAUAUAUAAACAACCUGCAGAUAAAUAUCCAUGCUUGGGCAACGGGUCUCUCUAACCUGUCUUUCUUUCAGCAGCGCUCACCUCCCCUGCUAGCUCCUAGACUGCACGGCAUGGUUGUUUUGGGGGGUUCUGUUCAUUGCUGCUCUACCCCUGCCUCCUCCGCCUUCAUGAUGGCACGUGGAGGGCGGGAAGGUGCUCUUCCUGCCGCUGGCCUUUCACCCCUGCCAACGUGGAGAACGGGGGCCCUGAACAGAACCUCGCGUGCGCUCCCUGCUAUCGCCUUUCAUGAUGGCUCGUGAAAGGCAGGAAGGGGCUCUUCCUGCCUCGGGCUUCCACACAAGCGCGUGGAAGGGCAGGGACCCGGAACAGAAUCAUGCCGCCAAAUCUAACUUGCACAAUAAAGCUAAAAAUUUGGACAAAGUGUACCUGACUGAAAUGAAGCAUAGCGUUAGUUCUGUCAGGACACAACGUCAAGCGCUGAUCCACAGCCAAUGGCUAGUAGCCACCUCAACCAGAUGAUAAUCAGCUGAUUCACACCUAGAUCCUAUUGGUUCUUUGCCUAUAGAGUGCCUUAUUUAAAACUGCACUAACCCAGCCUCUUCCUCUGCUCUGACAGCAAACCAGCAACACACUGCCACACCAGCUCCACCCUCGUGCCAGCUAAUUGCUCCACUGUCCUUGAAGCGCUCCUGUUCCAGGGGGGUUUGUUCAUUGCUGCUCUACCCCGCCACCUCCGCCUUCAUGAUGGCUCGAGGAGGGCGAGUUUAACAAUUUCCACAACCUCAAGUUCAAAAAGAACACAAACUCAAGUUCAAACACGCCACGAACUCAAGUUCAACAAACAAACAAACUCAAACUCAAGUUCAAAAACACCACAAACUCAAGUUCAACCAACACCCAAAUCUAAAGUUUAACAAUUGCCGAAGCCUCAAGUAAGAAAAACAACAAAAAUUCAGGUUAAAACAUGCCACAAACUCAAGCUCAACACCGCCACAAACUCAAGUUAAAAAACACCACAAACCCAAGUUCAAACACGCCACGAACUCAAGUUCAACCAAAUCCCAAAUCUCAAGUUUGACAAUUGCCACAACCUCAAGUUCAAAAACAACAGAAACUCAAGUCAAAACACGCCACAAACUCAAGUUAAACAAACACACAAACUCAAGUUCAAAAACACCACAAACUCAAGUUCAACCAACACCCAAAUCUCAAGUUUAACAAUUGCCACAUACUUAAAUUCAAAAAACACACAAAAAUUCAAACUAAAGUUCAGGGAAAAAUACAGACUCAAGUUCAACAAUUGCCACAAACUCAAGUUCAACAAACACCACAAUCUUAAGUUCAAAAAAUGCCAAAAUUUCAAAUUCAACAAAUGACCUAAACUCACAUUUAACAAUUGCCAAAAACUCAAGUUCAACAAACUCAAGUUCAAAAAUUGCAACAACCUUAAGUUCAAAAAACACACAAAUUCAAGUUCAAAAACACCACAAACUCAAGUUAAAUGAACACCACAAAGUCAAGUUCAACAAAUGUCAAAGUUUUAAGUUCAACCAACACCCAAAUCUAAAGAUUAACAAUUGCCAAAACCUCAAGUUAAAAAACAACACAAACUCAAGUUCAAACACGCGACAAACUCAAGUUUAACAAUUGCCACCAAAUAAAGUUCACUAAAAACCAAAGACUCAAGUUCAAAACUCAAGUUCAAAAAUUGCAACAAACUCAAGUUCAAACACAACACUCAAGUUCAAACACGACACAAACUCAAGUUCAAACACGACACAAACUCAAGUUCAAACACGACACAAACUCAAGUUCAAACACGACACAAACUCAAGUUCAACAAACACACGAACUCAAGUUCAACAAUUGCCACCAACUAAUGUUCAGAGAAAAAUACAGACUCAAUGUUAACAAUUGCCACAAACUCAAGUUCAACAAACACCACAAGCUUAAGUUCAAAAAAUGCCAAAAUUUAAAAUUCAACAAAUAACCUAUAUUAACAUUAAAGAAUUGCCAAAAACUUUAGUUCAACAAACUCAGGUUCAAAAAACACACAAAUUCAAGUUCAAAAACACCACAAACUCAAGUUCAAAAAUGCCGAAACUUAAUUUCAACCAACACCCAAAUCUCAAGUUUAACAAAUUGCCACAACCUCAUGUUCAAAAACAACAGAAACUCAAAUUCAAAAACACCAAAAACUCAAGUUAAAAAAAACCCACACAAAUUCAAGAUCACAAAACAGCAAAAUCUCAAGUUCAAACACGACACAAACUCAGGUUCAACAAACACACAAACUCAAGUUUAACCAAUACCCAAUUCUCACGUUUAACAAUUUCCACAACCUCAAGUUCAAACACGACACAAACUCAAGUUCAAACACGACACAAACUCAAGUUCAAACACGACACAAACUCAAGUUCAAACAACACCCAAAUAUCAAGUUUAACAUCUGCCAAAACCUCAAGUUCAAAAACACCACAAACUGAAGUUCCAAACGACAAAAACUUAAGUUCAACAAACCCCAAAAACUCAGGUUCAAAAAUACCACAAACUCAAGUUCUAAAUGACAAAAACUCAAGUUCAACAAACACACGAACUCAAGUUCAACCAAUGCCCACUUCGCAAGUUUAACAAUUUCCACAACCUCAAGUUUAAAAAAAAAACAAAAACUCAAGUUCAGACACACCACAAACUCAAGUUAGAAAAACACACAGACUCAAGUUAAAAAAUAACCAGAAAAUCUAGUUCAAACACUUCACAAACUCAAGUUCAAAAACACCACAAACUCAAGUUCAACCAACACCUAAGUCACAAGUUUAACAAUUGCCACAAACUUCAGUUCAAAAAACACAAAAGCUCAAGAUCAAAAACACCACAAACUCAAGUUCAAACACGAUUCACAAACUCAAGUUCAACCAAAUCCCAAAUCUCAAGUUUAACAAUUUCCACAACCUCAAGUUCAAAACCAACAGAAACUCAAGUUCAAACACGCCACAAACUCAAGUACAGAAAAACACCACAAACUCAAGUUCAACAAUUGCCACCAAGUAAAGUUCAGAGAAAAAUACAGACUCAAGGUUAACAAUUGCCACAUACUCAAGUUCAUCAAACACCACAAGCUUAAGUUCAAAAAAUGACAAAAUUUCAAAUUCAACAAAUGACCUAUAUUCACAUUAAACAAUUGCCAAAAACUCAAGUUCAACAAACUCAAGUUAAAAAAGUGCCACAAAAUGAAGUUCAAAAACACCACAAACUCAAAUUCAAAAAACACACAAACUCAAGUUCAAAAACACCACAAACUCAAUUUCAAACACGAUACAAACUCAAGUUCAACAAACACCACAAACUCAAGUUCAACAAAUGUCACAGUUUCAAGUUCAACCAACACCCGAUUCUGAGGUUUAACAAUUUCCACAACCUCAAGUUCAAAAAACACCACAAACUCAAGUUCAAACACGCCACAAACUCAAGUUCAACAAACGCCACAAACUCAACUUCAAAAACACCACACAAACUGAAGUUCUAAAACGACACAAACUCAAGUUCAACAAACACAACAAGUCAAGUUCAAGCAUCACCCGAUUCUCAAGUUUAACAAUUUCCACAACCUCAAGUUCAAAAAACACACAAACUCAAGUUCAAAAACACCAGAACCUCAAGUUCAAAAAACAUAAUAAACUCAAGUUCAAAUAUUCCACAAACUCAAGUUCAAUGAACACCACAAACUCAAGUUCAACCAACACCCGAUUCUCAAGUUUAACAAUUGCCACAACCUCAAGUUGAAAAAAACACAAACUCAAGUUCAAACACUUCACAAACUCAAGUUCAACAAACGCCACAAACUCAAGUUCAAC